GCUGUCAGCGGCGUCGUCUUAUCAGGCUCUCUCCACUGCCCAAACGACAAAGUGCAGGGUGGAGCAACUUAAGAUGUGAAUUGACGGCACUUUGACUUUGGUGAAAGAAACUCACCUUGACCAGGCAGCGGAAUGUGUCGGAUCUCACCGUGUACCUACUUUAAGGCCGCUAGAAUGAAUGCGACUUGACCGGCGUCUUCUUGACUAUCCGCCCUAACUGUCGUCCACUGUACUCGAAAGCCGCAUGUCGUGGAAAUUUUUAUCCCUUCAAAUACGUUUGCCCCGUAACGACAUGUACAAUAUGCAGCUGGACACCGACUUGACUGUUGGUAACGACAUGUCGUUCAGCCGUCAAGUUCCUCGCUAUUACAGCACUCAGAGCUUUUCUCACGAAAGCCGCCUCUUCUGGAAUUACCAGAAUUGGCCCUCGUGGUCCGAGCAACAGUUGGAUAGAUACCUUUCACACAACCUUAAUUACGACCGCAGCUACGCCGAUCAACGGCUCCCAGCCAGUCGUGUGCACCGACUGAUAAACGACACACAUCUGGACGAGAGAACGGUGGCAAAGCAGUCGAGGAUGGGAAAAGGAAUCGGAUCGUUCUAAAUAGGCACCAAUCACGUUCAAGGCUGCACCGUUAUUACCAUCAUCAGCAACAGAGCUGUUUGGAUGGCUCAUUUUUGGGAGGCGGACUGGGGGGAAGAGGACUGGGAGAUUCUAUUCCAAAACACGCCCUUCUUCAUUGAAGAGUUUCGACACAAAAUUCUCUGGCCCAUCACUGGCGGUGGUCCAGUCGGCCCCGACGUCGAGGUUCUCGACCCCAACCUCUUCAACAGGCCUGACGACCAAACCCGGGUCUUCAUUUACACCCCAAUAAGCCUGCGCUGGAAUCCCGAUACGAAGCGAACUCGAAACUACUUGCAGUUCAAGUACAGAAUUGAAGAAGUUACGAACGCAAUCCUGACAAGGAUUCCAGGCGUCCAGGCAACGAUUUGCGGCUACAUCCCCUUGGUGUAUGAAAUGACGUACAAUUACUACCCCACACUGUUUCCCACAGGGGAGGUGAGACAUGAGUUCCAAGUCCACGGUCCAGACGCAGCAAUGGCUGGAAAAACUGCCCGGGGAUCCAUCAUGUUUCAGUAA